CGGCGACGGAUCACGUGACCAGGGCCAACAUGGCCGCCGCCGCUGCUGGGAGCUGAGGUGCCGCCACCGCCGGGCAGCCGGGGGGAAUCCGCCCGCAUCGCCGCCCUCGCCGGCUGGGCGGCCGCGGGGUCCAGAGAGCUGGAGGCCGGGGCUGGGGCGGCACCGCGCGGCGGCCACGGGGUCCUAUUAAAGCAGUCCCGGCGGCUAUGCCGAGGGCCCGGAGCGGCCGGCGGAGCAGGGGCACCGGCGGGAGGGAGGAAGUAGACCUUCCUGCGAGUGCGAGCCAACCGGCAGACCCGGCUGAAUGCUCGGAUUGGGAAAAUGAAACGGAGGAAGCAAGAUGAAGGGCAGGUAUGUCCCCUGUGCAACCGCCCCCUGGCAGGAUCGGAGCAGGAGAUGAGUAGGCAUGUGGAGCAUUGCCUUUCUAAGAGGGAAGGCUCCUGUAUGGCCGAGGAUGAUGCCGUGGACAUUGAGCAUGAAAACAACAAUCGCUUUGAGGAGUAUGAAUGGUGUGGGCAGAAGCGGAUACGAGCCACUACACUGCUGGAAGGUGGCUUUCGAGGCUCUGGCUUCGUCAUGUGCAGCGGCAAAGAGAACCCGGACAGUGAUGCUGACUUGGAUGUGGAUGGGGAUGACACACUGGAGUAUGGGAAGCCACAAUACACAGAGGCGGAUGUCAUCCCCUGCACAGGCGAGGAACCUGGUGAAGCCAAGGAGAGAGAGGCACUCCGGGGUGCAGUCCUAAAUGGUGGGCCUCCCAGCACCCGCAUCACACCAGAGUUCUCCAAGUGGGCCAGUGACGAGAUGCCAUCCACCAGCAAUGGGGAAAGCAGCAAGCAGGAAGCUAUGCAGAAGACCUGUAAGAACAGCGACAUCGAGAAAAUCACUGAAGAUUCAGCAGUAACCACAUUUGAGGCCCUGAAGGCUCGGGUCAGGGAGCUUGAACGUCAGCUAUCUCGGGGAGACCGAUACAAAUGCCUCAUCUGCAUGGACUCGUACUCGAUGCCACUAACGUCGAUCCAGUGUUGGCAUGUGCACUGCGAGGAGUGCUGGCUGCGGACCCUGGGUGCCAAGAAGCUCUGUCCACAGUGCAACACCAUCACAGCGCCCGGAGAUCUGCGGAGGAUCUACUUGUGAACCAGCCACCCAGGCAGGCCUUGCCUUGAGCAAUCCCACCUGCCCUGGCCUCUGUGACAGUGACCCUCUCCCCUUGUAUAUACUUGCACACGCGUUCCCCUUGUACAUACAUGCACAUAUACACUCGCGCGCACACACACAUACACACGUAUAGGACUCUGGAGCCAGAGGGGAGCAGUCCUGCCUAUUGGCUCCCACCAAGCUUGGGGACCAUACCUGUCCAGUCUCUGUUUCUAGGGUGGGCAGGGAGGUGGGGAUGGGGCCUAGUGAGUCAAGGCUCGAUCCCCAGCCCCCAGACUGACAGAUAACAGACAGGCAAACACCAGACUGAAGCACAUGUAAUAUAGACCGUGUAUGUUUACAAUGUUGUGUAUAAAUGGGACAACUCCUUCGCCCUCCACCCCUCCCCUUUGGUUGUAUGAUUUUCUUCUUUUUUUAAGAAACCUGGAGGCAGCACCCCAUUCGGGGCUGGCUGGGGGCUCGGCCCAUCCACGUCUUGGGGUACCUGCCUCUCCCUCUCCUGUGGCAUCCCUUCCCUCUCCAUGUGCUCGGUGUUCAGUGGUGUAUAUUUCUCUCCCAGACAUGGGGUAUAUGCCCCAAGGGAUGUGAUCCUCUCCUUAGUCUUAGCUCUUGGGGCUCUUUAUAAGGAGCUGAUGGUGGGGCAGGAAAUGGGACCCGAGCUGAGGCUGAGGCUGGUGCUGGCUGAGGGCACCCAGCUGCCCAGCCUUCUGCUGAGAACCAUUCCUGGGAGUAGAGCUGUGUUCCCAGGGGAAAGUGUUGUCUCUCUGCCCCUCCUGUGGGCCCCAUGGUGUGAUGCUGUGUCUGUAUAUUCUAUACAAAGGUACUUGUCCUUCCCCUUUGUAAACUACAUUUGACAUGGAUUAAACCAGUAUAAACA